UGAACUCCUACAGUCAAGUUUUUGCUCAGGGCAUAUUGCCCAUGGUGGUCUUCUGUCGCUCUUUAUCCGUUUUGUGCGGUUCGAUAUAGGUCAUGAGGUCAAUAUUCUCUAUGCUACCUCAGUUGUUUUGAUUAUCCCCUUUCACUUUCCCUAGGCUGGGAAGAGGGAGCAAAUGCUUCCGCUCCAUCUUCUUCCCCCCCCCCCCCGGCGGUGUUGUUAUACAGGCGUUUCUGGUCGGUCGUGUGAAACGGAGCUACUCGGGCGAUUAACCUUCCCAGCAAUCAAUGGCUGGCUGUUAGAUCUCUAUUGCCCCUUUCUACUUGUUUUCAUUUCUUCUUUGGCUUCGAUAUUUCCUAUGCAGUAUUAUAUCGUGCAUCUGGCUCGGUUCAGGAGUCAUCUCAUCCUUCAGUCUGCUCAUUCAUUUCCCAUGCCCCUAAUUGUAUUCAUCAAGCAAAAACUAGCCAGGUAGAUACUAUAAAUAAACGAACUAAAGAAGCAUUAGCAAAAAAAAA